UCAGCGGCGCUCCGAGUCCUGAGGCAGGUGGAGGCUUACAGCGGGCGAAAUGGUGCACCGAGGCGAGAUUUUAAAGCCAGUAUGGCACGCGUUUGCUGCCCUGGACCUAGACCGAACUGGCAAAGUCUCCAAAUCCCAGCUAAAGGUGCUGUCUCAGAACCUAUGCACAGUGCUGAAGAUCCCUCAUAAGACCUCUGAUCUGGAGGAGCACUUUAAGGAUGAUGACGAGGGUCCGGUGUCCACUCAAGGCUACAUGCCCUAUCUCAACCGCUUCAUCCUGGACAAGGUCCAGGGGAACUUUGAUUUUAUGGAGCUGAACAGAAUGUGCUGGACGUUGUGUUCUCGUAAGAAAGCCAACUUCAGCAUGCUCAUCUCAGACAAUGAUGCCUUCAAGGUCUGGUGUAUUUUCAACUUUUUGUCUGAAGAACAUUAUCCCCUAGUCAUUGUCAUAGAAGAGAUUGAGUAUUUCCUGCGGAAGCUGAUAGAAGCCAUAGGUAGUGACUGGAAUGAGGGCAAAUUUGUGGAUUACAAGGCUCGGCUGAGCACAAAGAAGAAUUGCUUAAGUGUCUGGGAGCUGAUUGAGCUGGUGGGCAUGAGCUACUUUACCAAGGGCAUGGAGCGCCAGACGAUCUCUAUGGGCAUCAAUGAAGUCUUUCAGGAGCUCAUUCUCAAUAUUCUGAAACAGGGCUAUAUGACGAAAAAAGGCCACAAAAGAAAAAACUGGACCGAGCGCUGGUUCGAGCUGCGUCCUGAUUCACUCUCGUACUAUGAAAGUGAGGACCUUCUUGAGCAGAAAGGCUACAUUUUGCUCGAUCGUCACUGUUCUGUAGAGUCUUUACCAGAAAAAGAUGGGAAGAAAAACCUCUUCAUCGUCAAAUCUUCAGAAAAAAGUCUGGAGAUCAGCGCGCCUGACAAAAAGAAACGGCAAGAGUGGAUUCAAGCUGUGCAGGACUGCAUUAACCGGCUGAGGCAGGGUCUGUCUCCCCCGCACCGUGAGGCUCGGCAGCGACGCAGGGAGCUCCGCAGUCGGUUGCAGGUGGAGCAGAACCAGAUGGAGGGCAGGAUGAAGGAGCUGCAGCUGGCCAAUGAAAGGAAGCAGAACCAACUGGAGGCCAUGAGGAAGAACCUGGAGGAGGCAGCUGCAAGGGCUGCUAUGGAGGAGCAAAGGAGAAUUCGGACCCAGGUAGAUCUGCAAAACCGGUACAGGAUGGACUUGGAGAGAGAAAAAAUGGUGCGGAUGCAGAUGGAGGAGCAGGUGGCUCAGAAGUCCAGUGAACUGGAGCAGUAUCUGCAGCGUAUGCAGGAGCUGGAGGACAUGUAUCGUCGCCUGGAGGAGGCACUAGAGGAGGAGAGACAGUCCAGACAGGAUGAAGAGGCCCUACGCAAACUGCAGGCAAGGCUGCUGGAAGAGGAGGUCAGUAAGCGGGCUGAGCUGGAGCAGAUCCACCUGCAGCAACAGUCUGCCAUGUCCCAGACCCAGAUGGAGAAGGAGCAGUUGGAGAAGCAGAGGCUGGAGCAGGAGCGCACCCUGCAGGCUGCCAUGAUGCAGCUUGAGAACCUUGAACGGCAGAGACAGGGAGCACUGGAGCAGUAUGAGGAGGUCACAAAGAAACUGGAGCAGGCCACUAACAGGACGAGGAGCUGGAAGGAUAAAGUUGCUCAACAUGAGGGGCUUAUUCGACUCAUUCAGCCAGGGAGCAAGGGUCCCCAGAAAAUGACCAACUGGGGGGCUGCAGCGUUCACCGAGACUGAGCUGAAUGUGAGGGAGAGGUCUUGGCAGGAGAACAAGAACAAGCCAGGCAACGCACUGUAAAAAUGAUCUGUUUUUACAUGUUUACACGUGUAACGUAAUACAGAUUUCUGAACCCUGUUUCUUAUUUUCUUAUUCAGAUGCUGUUAUUCCAUAUUUCUAAUAUUUCAGUUAACACUUACAUUGGUUAUUUAUCUUGUGUAUAAACCGCUGGUGGACAAACAAACUAACUCACUGUCACUGCUCGCAUGUAGAAUUAAUUAAGUGAAUGAGGUUACAGGAAGUGCUUGUGAUUUUUUUAAAAGUGGGUUUACAUCAUCCUUUUUUUUUAAACUGUAUGUUCAAAAAAUAAAAUUCUGCCGUUCCUUUUUUCUCUCUGCCAUGUAAGACAUUUUUGCAAAUAUGUUAAUAACGUUAAAUUCUGUUGUUAAGUGGAUGAUUUACCCAUUCAGACAUUUCACCCCAAAAAUUCUACAUAAAUAUGCUUCAUUAAAUAGUUGAACUGAACAUGGAAGUAUGGCCAAAGACCUCUUAGUUUGUGGGUGUAUGUGUGUAUGUACAUCCACUAGAUGUCACUCUUGUAACUUUUUUAGCAUACUAGACAGUCAUUCUCAAGUCUGCUGGCCGCUGAUGUUGUGAGUGAUAACACGAUGCAGAUAGACUCAUUGGGCCUGUCCCAAACGGUGCUCUAAGCCCUCUGGUCCUUUUCUGAGUUUGCACCUUGGUGACAACUUGCAUACAGGGCAGGAGCACUCGAGGGGGCUAGGUUUGAGAGUUUACAGAUUAUACAUGUCAUGGAUCUGGUGAAAUUAUAUAAUUGAUGGUACUUGUUUUUAUUAGCUUAUUUGCUUUCCUACAGUGGCUCAGUAUAGAUUACAAGCAGAAUGUAACUCAGUGACAAAUUAAAUUAAUAAAGAAAUGCAUUUUACAUUUUACAUCA